AUGAGGAAAUACAUUCCACAUGGUUGCAAAGCGGAUGUAAACAACGUGUUGUUGUUAUUGUUGGGAUGUGCAGUACAGGGCGAACAGCGUGGUAAAUUCAUUGAACGUAUCAAACGUAUGGAAAACGAACUCCAAACGGCACUCGUAAAUCAAAUUAAAAAGGUAGCAGAAGAAGGUGACUGUGUACUUAAUGUUCAGGCCUUAGAGCUGGUCCCAGAGGACGAGCAAAAAACAGCGAUAUUGGCCCAUCUUGAAAGUGUGAUGCAAGAACGUGAUAGGUACGCCAAUCGAUUGUACGAAAUAUCCAGUGAGCGAGAAAGCGAUGAAAACAGUACGACCACUGGUUCUUCAUCAGUAUCCAGUGAAAUGACCAGAAGGACAAAACUGUCGGGAAACAGAUGUGAAGAUCGUAUUCCGUCACCGUGUACAAUGGAAAGACAUACCAAUGUUGAACUUACAUCCGCUAAAGCCGAACUCCGCAAGCUAAGAAAUAUGAUGGAGGAACGAGAGGAGAUGAUUGCAGAACUGAAAGAUGAAGCGGAAACUCGUGAAUUAGAUAUUCUGAAGUUACAGCAGGAACGACUGGAACUUGUUAAAGAUGCUCGUGCAGCGAAGGACUAUCGUGAUGAGCUUGAAUGUCUACAGCAUAAGUUGGCAGAUUAUGACAAGUUAGAAGCUGAUAACGUUAAACUGAAGGAGAAACUAUCAGACCUAGAUUUUUUCAAAUCUCGAGUAAUGCAAUUAAAAGAAGAGAAUGAGGUAAUGCAAGAAUCAUGUUCGAUACUGGAGGAUCAACUUGAACAAUGUCAACGGAAAGUAUCAAAUCACAUAGAUCUAGAAACAAAGUUGGCUGAUUAUCAAGAUCAAAUAAAACAGUAUCUUUUCGAAAUCACUAAGGAUCGUGAGAAAAUGGAACAUUUGUUGGUGGAGAAUGGUCGUCUGGAAAGGGAACUGAAAAGUGAGCAGCAAAAGAGUUUGGCCUUAGAACGAAAAAUAGAAUGCAUGAAUGAGGAUCAACAUAAUUCACGAGAAGAUUUCGGAUCCUUGGGUAGUCAAAUAGCUGACGAUGACAAGAAACGAAUUCUGGAACUGGAAUUAGAAAAUAGGAAAUUGAGGACGAAACUCGAGAAUUUCAAUAAUUGCGAAGAAUCGAAUGAAAUUCACGCUAAAUUGUUACGAACUGAAAUAGAACUGUCGGAAAAAAAGGAAGAAUGCGGAAUGUUAGGUCGACAAGUUCAGGAAUUUCAAAUGACUUUAUCACAAGUUACUUCACAAUACCAGAAGACUUCCGAUCUAUGCAAUGCAUUGGUAAUGGAACGAGAUUUAGCACAACAGAAUUUGCAGGAGGCAAGGAAGAAAUUUUCCGACUUUCAAAAUGAUUUUCAACAUGAACAGAAAAGUGGUCUUAGUAAAGCGAUUUCGGAGUUGCAAGAAACUCUAAAAGCCAGAGAACAGCUAAUCAGCUGCUUACGAGAAGCGAAAAUUCAAGCAGAUGAAGAGCUUAGAAAAGCACUCGAAAAAGAACAAUUAUCAGCAACUGAUAUGGAGAAGUUGAGAAAUAGAUUGAAAGAGACAGAGCAAACUGCGCACAAUUCAGAAAAGCAGAAGAAAUUGUUGGAAAAUGAGUGGAACGUCCAAAAGGCAAUCAAUGAACGACUUGAAGAGCGCAUUGAAGAGAAUAGGCUGCAGGUGAUGAAUAUGGAAAAUAUCCAGAAAAAGCUAGAAGCUUGUGAAAGAACAGUGUUAGAAAGCCGAAGUCGAGUAAACGAACUGGAAAGUGAAAAUAGACAGCUUAAUCAACAGCUUCAGUUGGAACUCAAAAAGAUGGAUCGUUUGCGGGAAGAUUUGGUAGCUGCGAAAUUACGAUGUAGUGAUCUGAUAUCACGAUUACGUUCCAUCUGUGUAUCAAUUCAGUUGAAUGGUGGUAAAUGUGAGGUACAAAUGAUGCAGUCCACUGAUGAUGAUGGUGAUGGUGAUGACGAUGAGAGGAUUAUCACAAUCAUCGACGAUGUUAUCAUGAAGGCACUCACAGCUGCAAGACGCGAAGCUGAUGCUUUAAGGUUGCAGCAGCAUACUCAAAUCGUUGAGUUAAAUGAUCUUAAGGAGGAUAUCGAGCGAUUGAGACGAUCGGAGAGUAAUCUGAAUGAAAGCGACGAUCGUUUGUGCCAACUGACUACAGAGAACAGAAAUAUCAAAGAACAGGUAUUUCUUCUGCAAGAACGAAUUCGUGAAAUGCAACAAGAAAAUUCACUGAAGUGUAGUGAAGUAAAAUCAUUGAAACGGGAACUGGAGGAGUUGCAACAAAGCGCCACAAGCCGAAGUAAACUUCACACUGAACUUGCUAAACUUCAAGUUUCCGUACGGAAUCUCCAACUUCAGGAAGAGCUGUUAAGACAGGACAAUGCAGAAAUGCAAAAACAACUUCAAAUUUAUGAGGAAGAUAAAUUAGCCACGAAAACUGAUUUCGAAUCGCUGCAAUCAAUGCAUAAUGCACUUCUGAUGGAUCAUGAUCGUCUGCAAACAUUGCACGACAUGCUUAGUGCUGAUUAUGAUCGUGCCAAAUAUGAUAACACGCUAUUAAAUAUUAAACUAAAAAAUCAUAAAGGAACUACCGAGGAAGUUUUGAACGAACGUCGACAGUUCGAGGAAUUGAAGUUAAAACUAGCAGAGGAACGCGAACGACACGACCGUGAAGUACAAAUUAUGCGAAGUGACAUGAUGGCGCUACGUAAUAAUUAUGAACAAAUACGGAAAGAUAAUAUUUCUUUGGUGCAUAAUGCACAACUCAAUGAGGACGAGUUACGGAAGCUUCGAUUUGCUGAGCAAAAUCAUCGCGCAAUUAGUGCACGUUUGACAGCUCAAAUUGAUGAUUUACAGCAAAAGCUACAGGCUCAGAAUUUAGAAAUUACAGAAUUACUUCAGAAAAUUGAGUUGUUUGCACAUCUAAAUAAAACGCUGGAGGAAGAAAGUCGCACUUUGGAUCGGCAGGUUAAUUAUCUACUGGCACAAAACCAGGACCUUCUUACCAGAACAUUGAGUGACAAGGAUCUUUAUCAUAACACACAAAAAGAUUUUCAGUGUUUUUUGAAGGAGAAAGUUGCCUUACAAGAGGAACUGUCAUCAUUGAGAAGUUAUAAAGAACAAUUAGAAGGAAAAAUAAUGGGACAAUGUCAUACGUUAGACAACAAAAAAGGAGCAACCAAAGAGAAGCCGACAUUUGUGGAAGAAACCGCCAAAGCGCUCAUUCCCAAGAAUCUCGGAUCACACUCCAGUAACACCGGCAUAUUUAUUGCUGAAAAGUCUGAAAAGAAGGGUAGUUCUACCGGAGAAAAUAACGCUUAUCCGGCGGAGGAAUCGUUGAUGACAACAGCUGCGAAAGGUGAUUCGCCGCUUACAACUUCUACACAUGGUCAGUUACCGACGAAAAUCACGAAAAAUCGAGCUGAAGAAUUUCUGAAUUCUCAGCAAUUACAACUCAUAUUGCACGAUAUGGAGUUUGAUGUUGCAUCAUGUCGUGUUUCUUUGAAUAUAUCUUAUUUAGGAUACUGUUCAGUUCCCGAUGACCAACCCUGCAGUUCAUCUGACGAAUUAGCGCUUAUCAAUAAGAGCAACAAUCUGCGACAGAAUGGAUCACAGGUAAAUUCAGACUCCAAGAAUGGUUCGAUGCACUGUUCUCGGACCUUCAUAAGAAAUGUCUUCCAUGCCGAAUAUUUAUCAAUGAGACGUGCUGUUCCCUUCAACGAGCGAUCCAUUGAUGUCAUUAAUUUGGAUGGUUCUGAACGCGGCGUAGAUGUGCCUUCCCCAAUCCAUACCUUACCACCACGUCCACCAUCUCGAUCAAAUUCAGCCGGUCGAUCUUCACAUAAUAGACUAUCUCCUCCGAUAUGUCAACCGAAAAAUUGUUCAAAACAACCAGGAGUUAGCAAUAAACCACCACCGCCGCCGUAUAAGGGACGAGUUAUGACGUCUACAAAACAGACUGCUGAAUUUUUGCCGAAGGAGACAUCAACACCUAAACUAGAACGCAAUGAGUCCGGACUGUGUCCAGAAGAUAAAAAAAGAAGUGCCAUUUGUAAUAAGGUGGAGCGGAACGAGAAGACAAUAAGCAUUUAUGAGAAUGUUGAUCGCAAUGACAUCUCUCUUGGAUCGGAAGUCGGUACUGUAUGGUAUGAGUAUGGAUGUGUCUGA